AUGAUGCUCGUGCCCUUCUCAUACUUUCCCUACCUGAGCAUUCAAAACCUCUGCAAGCUGCCCCCUGCAGAUGUAGCCUACCUGGAGUCGCAACGGUCGUUUGACGUUCCAGUAGGAGAUUUCCUCGAUAGGCUAAUCUCUCAUUAUUUUCUUUCCGUACAUCCCUGCCUCCCGAUCAUCAAUGAGGCGGAAUUCUGGGAAAUGUACAGAAAAGGUGUCACAAGCUCAUCAUGCUCCCUGCUUGUUUUCCAGGCCAUGCUCUUCGCGGCUAGCAGUUACAUUCCCCUAAAUGAGGCAAAAGCUGGGGGUGCAGAAUCCAUCCUACGCAUGAGAGAUUCAUUUUACCGGCGGGCCAAGCUCCUAUACGACUUUCGUCUCGAGGACGAUUGUCUUCAGCUAUGUCAGGCAGCGAUAUUGCUGUCCUACCAUUGCUCAAGCGAGGAUCGGUUGAGUAACGCAUCAUGGCUUGCACUUGCCAUUGAUCAUGCGCGCACAUUGAACGCCCAUCACUACUAUCGCGAUUCCUCUCAGGCCUAUGCAUCUCCGACAACGUUGAAGCGACUGUGGUGGUGUAUCGUCAUCCGUGAUAGACUGGUUGCUUUGGGAAUGCGUCGGUCGCUCCAGAUCCCGCCCGCUCUUUUUGAUCCAUUUUCAUGGGCCCCUCUGCAACUAGAGGAUUUCGAAGACGAGAUCCACGCGUCAGAGGUCUAUGACCCGGACACCAAAACCCAGCUUUGUGGAAUCCUUACAAGCCUGUGCCAUCUAGCCGUGGCAAUGACAAUGCUGCUCACCACCCUCUAUCCUGAUAGUGGUUAUAAGGGGGUCGCGACAGAUCAUAGACUUCUGCUGACUAGGGCGGGUGACAUCAAAGCACGGCUGAACUAUUGGGAAGAAAUAAUAUGGUCUUACUUUCUCCACAAACUGCUGAUAGCAAUCCGGCUGUGA